AUGAGACAUGGGGCUGUGGGAUAUGGGAGCUGUGUGUGUCCUGGGGGUGAGGAGGGCUGGGAUGUUCUGUCCCGGGAGCUGGGAUGUGCCGUGGGAUCCCUGUGGGAAGAGGGAAAGCAGCAGGAGCUGACCCUGGUGGGGGCAGAGCGGCGCCGCUCGCGCUCCACAUCCCGGGACAGGGACAGGCGGCGACGGGACAGGUCCCGAUCCAGGGACAGGGACAGGAGGAGGAGCAGGUCACGAUCCCCACACCGGAGGAGAUCCAGGUCUCCACGCCGCCACCGUUCCAGCUCCUCCUCUCCGGCACGGCCCAAGGAACGUCGGGAUGAGGAGAAGAAAGAGCUCAAGGACUCCAAGAAGGAGCGACAGAUCACAGAGGAGGAUUUGCAGGGCAAGACAGAGGAGGAGAUUGAGAUGAUGAAGAUGAUGGGAUUUGCCUCCUUUGACACCACCAAGGGGAAGAAGGUGGAUGGUGCUGCCAAUGCCUAUGCCAUCAACGUGUCCCAGAAGAGAAAGUACAGGCAGUACAUGAACAGGAAAGGAGGAUUCAACAGACCUCUGGAUUUCAUUGCCUGA